AUGGCCGAGCCGCAAGAGAGAUCCAAGAUUACCCCGCUCUCGGCCUGGGAUCAGUCGAGUUCUCGGUUCCAUAUCCGCCUUGUGCUCAAUUUCGAGCUCGAUGACUCGAAGCGAAAGGAGGUGGCCGCCCAUCUCGGCAGCGUACUGAAACGACUGUCGGCAGAACGCCCCGACCUAGCCGGACGCCUCCACGUUAACGGAGAGUUUGACGGGGAGCGCCACGGAGAACGACCAGGCUGGAUCUACCUCCGCGAAUCGCCCGAUUUCGACAUUCCUCUAGAGAUCGUCAACGUGGAGGAUAAGGUCCGCUCCUUUCAAGAUCUCAAGGCGGAUUCGUUCCCUGCGAAGGAUUUUAUCGACCCUCUCUUCGGAUACACGGGCCCCUCCCUCUUUUGCGGACUCGGCGUCCCUGCUGCCGUUGUUCGGAGGACCAGGGCGAACGGCGUGACGAGCGAGAGGCAACCUUCUUUUCACCAGCUUCUCAAGAAAUGCCCCGAGUAUGUGGAGCUGAGCAAACCCAUGGGGCCAAACCAACCGACUCUGCGGCCUGGCGGGGAAAGCGAAAGCACCUACGUCAAGGAUGGGAAGAUUUUUGUCCUCCGCAAAGAAAAGAUACGAAAACUCAAGGAGUUGGUGAUGCAUCAUGCGCCCGCCGAACGCUUACCGUCGUCCUACAUCUGCUUAUCGACCUUGUUUUGGGUUUUCGCCGCCAACUCCAGGAUGAGAAGCGAAGAGGAUCAACCAAGCUGGGAAUCUCACGGGCGAGCCACCAUGACAAACCCCGUCAACUGGCGAUUUAGGGCCUUCCAAGAAGAAAAUAAGGGUUACUACGGUAACUCUGCGGCACUGGCCCAGAUGGUGACCUCGGUCCAAGAGGUCAGUUUGGCCGCGCACGACUGGCAGGCAUACGCUAGAUUGGUACGGGCCUCAGAAGACGCGAUCCGCAACGUGAACGAAAAGUUUGUUCGGAGGCGGACGAGGCUCUUCGAGGCGGCUCCUAACCCACGAUUCCUCGGCCUAUACAUGGACCCCCGGAUCCCCCAGGACCUUGCCUUCAACACUUGGAGGGACUUUGGAGCCGAUACUUUGUGGGAUCUCUGUGGUACAGGAUCCAACGGAAGCGGGAUUGGUGGGGGUAUCGUCAAGCCAGACUCUCUACGACGAUCGCAAGACAGUUGGAAUAUGGGAGGUACCUUGAUCCUACCGGCUCGUGGCGACUCCGACCUCUACGAAGUUCUUUUGACAAUUCCUAAGCCGGCAAUGGACCAGCUCAAGUCGACAGAGAGAUUCAUGCGCUGGAUCGACCGAGUACUCGACUAA